AUGGUGGUGGUGAAAAAAUUAGAUGAGGGUCUGAGAUGAGAACAGGCCAUGUGUUCCUCCAUUGUGAGUAGUUUUAUAAGGGAAAGCUCAGCACAUGCGGCAAGUUCAGACUAGGACAAUAGGCCUUUCAGUGAUGCUCAGUGCCCUCUUUAUGUGCAGGCAGAAAAGGGGCAUCACAGAUGCGGCUCGCCAAGUCACCAUGAUCUACUGCUAUUCAGGACCCAUGGGGUAAAAAAUCGGAAUGAUUGCCAGGAGCUGCCAGAGUGUGCCUUUCAUCUCAGAAAAAUUAUCAGAAAAAAAUGUUACUCACAGCCUCAAAAGCCACAUUAAAUAACCGUUAUCUUGUCCUAAUUAUGAUACAGAUCCUCCAUCCUUCAGGAUAAAGUGUUGGCUUUUGAAUGUUAAAAGUACUUAUUUUCCUCCAGUCCUCCUCCUCUUCCCAGGAGCGCCUGCACCAGCUUCCCUACCAGCCCACUCAAGACGAGCUCCAUUUCCUGUUCAAGCACUUCCGUAGCUCGGAGAGCGUGACCGACGAGGAAGUGCGACCCUCGCCGUUCAUGCGCCCUCGCUCCCGCAGCCUCAGGUAGCCGUCCAUUACCCCUCGCCUUAACUGUAAUGUGCUAUAUCAUCAAAAUGAGAUUUAAUGCAUCGUCACCCUCCGUACAUUUUUGUGGAGUUGUUUUUUUUGUCAGACAUGGGAAGUUAUUACAUGCAAAUUGGUACAUCUUCAAAAACGAUGUAUUAAGUCAAACCCAGAUUUGACUGUACAGUACCAGGAUCUCAUUGUUAUGCCUGGUUCUUAAUUAACUUGUCUCCCUUUGUGUUGUGCUAGAGAACCUACAGUUGAAGUCAGAAGUUUACAUACACUUAGGAUGGAGUCAUUAAAACUUGUUUUUCAACCACUCCACACAUUUCUUGUUAACAAACUAUAGUUUUGGCAAGUCGGUUAGGACAUCUACUUUGUGCAUGACACAAGUACUUUUUCCAACAAUUGUUUACAGACAGAUUAUUUCACUUAUAAUUCACUGUAUCACAAUUCCAGUGGGUCAGAAGUUUACAUACACUAAGUUGACUGUGCCUUUAAACAGCUUGGAAAAUUCCAGAAAAUUAUGUCAUGGCUUUAGAAGCUUCUGAUAGGCUAAUUGAAAUCAUUUGAGUCAAUUGGAGAUGUACCUGUGGAUGUAUUUCAAGGCCUACCUUCAAACUCAGUGCCUCUUUGCUUGACAUCAUGGGAAAAUCAAAAGAAAUCAGCCAAGACCUCAUAAAACAAAUUCUAGACCCCAACAAGUCUGGUUCAUCCUUGGGAGCAAUUUCCAAAUGCCUGAAGGUACCACGUUCAUCUGUACAAACAAUAGUACGCAAGUAUAAACACCAUGGGACCACGCAGCCGACAUACCGCUCUGGAAGGAGACGUGUUCUGUCUCCUAGAGAUGAACGUACUUUGGUGCGAAAAGUGCAAAUCAAUCCCAGAACAACAGCAAAGGACCUUGUGAAGAUGCUGGAAGAAACAGGUACAAAAGUAUCUAUAUCCACAGUAAAACAAGUCCUAUAUCGACAUAACCUGAAAGGCCGCUCAGCAAGGAAGAAGCCAUUGCUCCAAAACCGCCAUAAAAAAGCCAGACUACGGUUUGCAAUUGCACAUGGGGACAAAGAUUGUACUUUUUGGAGAAAUGUCCUCUGGUGUGAUGAAACAAAAAUAGAACUGUUUGGCCAUAAUGAUCAUUGUUAUGUUUGGAGGAAAAAGGGGGUAGCUUGCAAGCUGAAAAACACCAUCCCAACUGUGAAGCACAGGGGUGGCAGCAUCAUGCUGUGGGAGUGCUUUGCUGCAGGAGGGAAUGGUGCACUUCACAAAAUAGAUGGCAUCAUGAGGAAGGAAAAUUAUGUGGAUAUAUUGAAGCAACAUCUCAAGACAUCAGUUAGGAAGAUAAAGCUUGGUCGCAAAUGGGUCUUCCAAAUGGACAAUGACCCCAAGCAUACUUCCAAAGUUGUGGAAAAAUGGCUUAAGGACAACAAAGUCAAGGUAUUGGAGUGGCCAUCACAAAGCCCUGACCUCAAUCCUAUAGAAAAUGUGUGGGCAGAACUGAAAAAGCGUGUGCAAGCAAGGAGGCCUACAAACCUGACUCAGUUACACCAGCUCUGUCAGGAGGAAUGGGCCAAAAUUCACCCAACUUAUUGUGGGAAGCUUGUGGAAGGCUACCCGAAACGUUUGACCCAAGUUAAACAAUUUAAAGGCAAUGCUACCAAAUACUAAUUGAGUGUAUGUAAACUUCUGACCCACUGGGAAUGUGAUGAAAGAAAUAAAAGCUUAAAUAAAUCAUUCUCUCUACUAUUAUUCUGACAUUUCACAUUCUUAAAAUAAAGUGGUGAUCCUAACUGACCCAAGACAGGGAAUUUUUACUAGGAUUAAAUGUCAGGAAUUGUGAAAAACUGAGUUUAAAUGCAUUUGGCUAAGGUGUAUGUAAACUUCCGACUUCAACUGUAGGUGUGGACGAGAGCAUGAGUCAGUGGAGUGUUUACACAGUGAACUGACGAACGGAGACAAUGUAUUAAUCUACAUCCCCUUACCUGGGGGCUGUUUCACAAAGCAGAAUCAAUGAGUUAGCUAGUUAGUGAUCCUGCUUUGUACAAUCCAACCCUGCUGCCAGUUCUGCCAGUGUGGACAGUCAAAAUGUAUUCAGUCCUGUAACAAAGUAAAGCAAAGUAUUUUGCAUUUGCCAAUGUUCAGUACGCCUCAAGUUGAUCUCUAGCUAAACCCACUACGCAGUGGGGAUGCAGUUUAAUACAAUAAUAUUAUAAAAUAUAUAUAUAUAUAUAUAUAUAUAUAUAUAUUAUAACAGUAUAAUACUGUAGAAAAUGAGCCUGUUUUGUAAUAAGUAACAUACUGCACCAAUUUGUGGGACUCUCGUAGGGUCCGAUUAAGCAUAGAUUAGCCUACACAGACAGGGAAGGAUGCAGAGCGUGGUGUUACUGCGUGGCUUAAGGCGAGCAGCGUUGUGUACCAUGCGCCGCCCGAGCUCCCUGUGUUGUCGUGGCAUGGCGUGCAGUGCGUGGGUGGGUGGGUGGGUGCAGAGCACUGCGGGGACCAGCUAAGCUGGAGGUUCUCGGGGGGCCAAGUUGGGGGCGGAGCUGCAGUGUGUGGUGGUCAGGCUGCAGGCCAUCUGCUGCAACAGAAGCCUCUUUCAUUGCAACAAAAAAUGUGGAUGGGGUGCAUUUCUGCUCCGUACCCCUAACUCUUGGACGAUGAGAUUAGGGGGGAAGACAGGAGAGGAAAGGCCCUGUCUGUCUGUUACAUGGGCCAGACAGACAGUAUAGAUGUGGUCCAUAUCUUACACCAGCUGUUGUCUUACCUAAUACGGAAGAGUUAAAAAAAAAUCCAAAGUAAAACAGGAAAUGAGCUUGGAAGCUAAAUAAAAUGUGUUGAUUUAGAUGUUUUGAAGGGAUUAGGUUUUUAUCUUUGUCAGAAUGUUGCAAAUUCACUAUUCCACAAUGAAUCUUCACUUGGGAUGAUAAUUUUAGCCAUUAUUCAAAAUAUUGCACCCAUCCAAUAAGAAUGUCAAUUGCCGACUGCUUCACAGAUUUUUGCGAGCUCUGUCAGUCCAUUUGGUUGGAUUGGAAUAAAGAAAUUGACAAGCUUUGUGUCCUUUUCUGUUUUAGCCCCGGAAGAACAGUGGGUUCAUUCGAUAAUGAGAUCGUCAUGAUGAACCAUGUUUACAAAGAACGGUUUCCGAAGGUACGUCAUGUUCUCACCUCAAUCUUUGUUGUACAGGAAGCAAUGUCUGUUUGUAUUUGCCAUAAUCAGAAAGCUUAUUUCCUCUCUGCUUCUGGGGAAUGUGAUUACUCUGACUUAUCUGACUUUCUGAACGUUGUACUUGGACUAACCAUGGUCACCAUAAAAUGUCUGAAGAUAUUUAGCAGUAUUGGAUGCUCCAGAAGGACCACUUAACCGUGGUUACCCUGAAAUGUCUUCCCAUGUCCUGUUUGGGUGCUACUGAAGGAUUACACUUGGUUGCAGGCUUUGAUGAAAUGUAUUUUCACUAUUUUCACUUACUAAACUAAUGCUUAGGUGUGUUUUGUUUUGUAUAAUGUUGUGUGUGUUUGCUAUCCCUUUAGGCCACAGCGCAGAUGGAGGAGCGCUUGCUGGAUAUUGUCACCGCCUGCUCCCCAGACAGCACCCUCCCACUGUCCGAUGGCGUGCUGGGCUUCAUCCAGCACCAGCUGGUGGAGCUGGUCCGAGACUGUCUGGACAAGUCCCACACUGGUGUGGUCACCUCACGCUACUUUGUGGAGCUGCAGGAGAAGCUGGAGAAGCUGCUCCACGAGGUGGGAUAUCCACAAAUAUCUUUGCGUCUAGGUUUAUCAGUGUGAUCGGACCAUAACUGCCAGCACUUAAGUCUAAAAUGUGUUUCCUCAGACUACCCUUGGGCAUCCAGUUGUUUUAUGAUUUGCAUAUUAUGUCAACCCCCUGAGGAAUAAAUAAGUUGUUUUUGGAUGGCAUGUUAUUUGUAUGGUUUCACUAGUGCAGCCAAUGAUGAUGACUCACCAUUUGAAUCAGGAGGCCCUCAGAAUACAGCCAAGGAAUAUUCUCGUUUGUUGAUGUAACGUCCUCUCUGACUCAUUAUCUUGGGGAUACGCGUGUGUGUAUAAUAUUACUGGCCACGUUUAACCCAUCUGUUCAGGAGGACACGUUGCUUUUCUCCUCCUUUUUCAGAUGUUCGUCCUCAUUGCCUCGGUUUGUUUUGUUUUUCCUUCUUGCUUUUUUAAUGAAUCAGAUUUUCCCUCACGGAGGCCACUGAGCAUGACUGAGGCUGUCUCAUGUGGGGUUGUUUCCAGCUAGAUGUCUUUCUGUGAUGCGCAACAUAUUUCAGGUUUUGCAUUUUUAAUUCAGAGUUAUCGCACUGCACCAUUGUUCUGUGUUUAGAGCCUCUAUCCAGAGCUCCUCUAUCCAGAGCUCCUCUAGCCAUAGCUCCUCUAGCCAUAGCCAGAGCUCCUCUAGCCAGAGUAGAUAUUGGCGGGAACUGGAAUACGCUGCCGUACUUGUCGAUCCAGAGCAUCCCAAACAUGAUCAAUGGGUGACAUGUCUGGUGAGUAUGCAGGCCAUGGAAGAACUGGAACAUUUUCAGCUUCCAGGAAUUGUGUACAGAUCCUUGCAACAUUGGGCUGUGCAUUAUCAUGCUGAAACAUAAGGUGAUGGCGGCGGAUGAAUGGCAUGACAAUGGGCCUCAGGAUCUCGUCACGGUAUCUCUGUGCAUUCAUGGGGCACCCUGUUCAUAACGUAGACAUCAGCAAACCACUCGCCCACACAACGUCAUGCACGUGGUCUGUGGUUGUGAGGCCAGUUGGGCGUACUGACAAAUUCUCUAAAAUGACGUUGGUGGCUUAUGGUAGAGAAAUGAACAUUCAAUUCGCUGGCCACAGCUGUGGUGGACAUUCCUGCAGUCAGCAUGCCAAUUGCACACUCCCUCAACUUGAGACAUCUGUGGCAUUGUGUUAUGUGACAAAACUGCACAUUUUGGAGUGGCCUUUUAUUGUCCCCAGCACAAGGCGCACCUGUGUAAUGAUCAUGCUGUUUAAUCAGCUUCUUGAUAUGCCACACCUGUAAAGUGGUGGAUUAUCUUGGCAAAGGACAAAUGCUCACUAACAGGGAUGUAAACAAAUUUGUUGCCAAAAUUUUAGAUAAAUAAUAUUUUUGUGCGUAUGUACAAUUUCUGGGAUCCUUUAUUUCAGCUCAUGAAACAUGGGACCAACACUUUACAUGUUGCGUUUAUAUUUUUGUUCAGUGUAGUUAGUUGUCCUCUUUGUGUGUGUGUGUGUCAAACCUGAGUUCAAAUACUAUUUCAAUUAUUUCGAUUACUUUCACAUACAUUUAAAAGUCAGUAUUCAGAUAUUUUCUUUGGAAAAUGCAAGUAGUUGAAUAUUGGAAUGUAUUUGUAAAUACGCCAAGAAAGUAUUGGCAUGUAUUUGAAAAUACUCAAAUACACAGUGUAUUUUCAAAUACAAAUAAAUACUUCCAUGCAUUUGAACCUAGGUCGUAGGAGAAUUUGAAAUAAUGUAUUUGGAAAUAAGUAUUAGGCUAAAUAGGAAAUUAUUUGAAAAUACUUCAAAUAGUAGUAGAUUUCGGCCACAUUAUUUGAAAAUACUCAAAUACACAGAAAAUAAGUAUUUAAAUAACAAAUAAUUAAAUACAUGUAUUUGAACCCAGGUCUGGUGUCUGUACAUUGUGACCCAGCUGUCCAGUCACUUGCAACUGGCCUCAGAAGGACCGUGAAUCAAAAGCCAAUGCAAUUCUCCCUAUUGAUCCUGGUAUACAAACUAAAACAUAAUAAUAAUUUGGUGGGUGCUUAUAUUUGUCUUAUUUCAAAUGUGUUGUCGUGGAAAUUCUUCAGAGGGAUACGCAAAGUCAAUCUCCCGAGUGGCGCAGCGGUCUAAGGCACUGCAUCUCAGUGCUUGAGGCGUCACUACAGACCCCCUGGUUCAAUUCCAGGCUGUAUCACAACCGGCCGUGAUUGGGAGUCCCAUAGGGCAGUGCACAAUUGGCCCAGCGUCGUCCGGGUUUGGCCGGUGUAGGCCGUCAUUGUAAAUAAGAAUUUGUUCUUAACUGACUUGCCUAGUUAAAUAAAGGUUAAAUAAAAAAAAUAAAAGGAGGAGUGCUGCAAUUUUCUGGUCUCGCCUAGGGCGGCAUAUCAACCAGGACCGGGCCUGAGUUCACAUGUAUGUGGUAGGGAUUAACCACGGCCAGUAGAGAGGUAAGGAAAGGAAGUUUUUUUUUUUUUAUAAAUAAAUGAGUCAUUGUUUAUUAAUAGCAAGCUGGAGUGGUCACAGUCAAACUUAGAUGCAUAAAGUACCGGUCUGAAGUGAGCUCCCCUGGGGCAGUCCCGUUAGAUCUCUUAUAUACUGCUUACAGACAUGUUGCGUAGUUCAUAGGGUUGGUUCCGGCAUGUGUCAGGCACCAUCUCCUAUCUUAAUUUAUAGAAUAUAUUCUGGGCGUUCUGCCAGAUGCUCCUAAGGAGGGGGUCAUGUCGCCCCCCCCCCCCUCAAAUCUUUACCAAGCACAGGCAGGAACCAAGGAUUAUUUAUGACAUUAAGACAAGAUGUCAUAAAUAUCCCAACUGCCCCUGAGACAACCUCAGAGAGUGGGGUCAUGGCCAGGGUCAGCCAUUAUCGAUGGCGUCCCUGGAGCAAUAUGGGUUAAGUGCCUUGCUCAAGGGCACAUCAACAGAUUUUUCUACUCGUAGGCUCGGUGAUUCGAACUAGUGACCUUUCGGUUACUGGCCCAACGCUCUAACCGCUAGGCUACCUGCCGCCCAGGUACAUGAUUGUGAUGCUUGGGGUAGCCAAUAAUGAUGCAUAGUGUGAGGGCUUAAGAUCCAUUGGCUUCCUGAUUUGUGUAGAACAAUUUAUUCUCUGGAAUUGAUUAUCCACUGAAGUAUGAAGAACAACCCGUAGCCCCUUUCCUCUAGGCACUUGGGUGGAAUUAUCGCCAUUUUACUUAUUCAGUCCUCUCAGAUCUAAAGAAGUGCCUAGGGGCUAGGGUUUUUUUCUAGACAGGGCCUAUGUCUGCAAAUAAUGCAUUCUGUGGUCAUGCUGCAGGUAGCUAGGUUGGUUUGGAUGUAGUAUGUUGGCUUUAAUGCUAUGUGGUUGCGCUCUUGCUAUGGCGAAAGAGAUAAAAAGGCUCCUCUGUUUUUGAGAGGAGUUGAUCAUCUCCAUGUUAUGCUCUGUUCAGAAGCUAAAACAUUUUGGCUUUGCAUUUCAGGCGUACGAUCGCUCGGAGAGCGAGGAGGUAUCUGUCAUCACCCAGCUGGUGAAGAAGAUUCUCAUCAUCAUAUCCCGACCGGCGAGGCUGCUCGAGUGCCUGGUGAGACGGAGAGAAAAUCUCAUUCUGAUUGGAAAUGCGAUUGAUUCUGUCGAGAGCGUUGGAAAGCAGUCUCUCUUAAUCUGUUUUGUCGCUGGUUUUUAAGCCACUGUAUCACCAAUAAGCUCUUUCAUGACUAAGUGAUUUUAUUUACCUUAAUCCAAUCUAAUCUAAUGGGCCUUGGAUGUCAUUGGCAGGAAUUUGACCCGGAAGAGUUCUAUCGUCUGCUGGAGGCAGCCGAGGGUCAUGCCAAGGAGGGCCAGGGCAUCAAGACGGAUAUUCCACGUUACAUCAUCAACCAACUGGGCUUGACACGCGACCCCCUCGAAGGUAUUGGUGUAUCUUUUGCCAUAACAUUGACCUGAAUUUCCCACACUUGAGACAGACAUCCAGUACAAAUCAAUAUCAUGCAUUGCUGUUAAAUCAUAUAUUUCUACCCUGCUCUUUUAGAUAUGGUACAGCUUGAACAGUAUGAGUCUGCUCCAUCAAUGACAUUGGAGUCUGAUGAAUCUGUGGAGGUAAGGAGUUAUACCUCAUUCACAUUCCAUCUGAGCAGUCCGUUGCAUUGCGCCGGAUGUCAUUCAUUUCAAUGGGAACCUUCCGCAACGGAGUGGUAUUGCAGCACCCCCUUGCGGUUCAAGGCUCCGUUGCGAAACGGAUGGCGCACACUUUGACUUUUUCCAAACAAUGCUUCGUCUUCAGUGCAGCCAAAGUCUGUCAAUAGAACAGGAAGUUACCAAACCACAGAACAAGAUGAAAAUAUAUGUGGUUUUCGGCGAUGGCUUUAUGGGAUAAUUAGCAACUUUUAAACAAUUACCCAUUCCUAUAAGUGAGUACUAUUUUAGUAGUAAUGUUGGCUGUUAAGCCAAUUCUAUUAUAUGACUGUUUUAGUUUAUUGUGAUGGUAAUUACUUUUGUUUUUGAUAAUAAUUAUUAGGUGGAGAUCGCCAGCUACAGUAUCUUCAACCGAGCCUAGCUUUUAGUUAGCUAGCUAGUUGCUUUGUAAGCUAGCUUGACUUGCUAGAAUGUUAGAGAAAGAAGUUGAGGAAAAAGUAACUAAACGAAACAUGUUUUAUUAUCACCUGAAACAAUAUGUUUUUCCUGUCUUGAAUGAAAGGGUCCUAUUUUGCAAUCUCCCAAAUAAAUGCUAUCUCAGAUGAGACACUCUCCUCCAUUUUGUCUUGCGUUGUGGAACCCUAUGCUCUCCGUCCGGUAGCAGAAAGAGAUUGCGUUAAGAUGACGUACCUCGUAAUGAAAUAUGUCACGAUGUGAAUUGGGCAUUAGCUUGCCUGUAAUGUACUAGGUUUUUAGGAUGAGAUUGCCAACAGAAUCACAUAAACUGAACUUUCAAUUAACAUAAGUCCUGAUAGCAGCUUUAUUUACAUGACGUUAUUUGGAAGACUUGCUAUGUAGUCAUACUGACACCAGUGGGUUAAUGGGUCCCCCGGCACCUUUUGUAUAAUGCCUGCCACUUAACUUCUCUUAUUGUUUGCACUGUUUGCAGCAGAACAAGUGUCCCCAGGCACUCACCCCAAUGCGAAGGAAACCACUGGAGAGUGACUUUGAAACCAUCAAACUCAUCAGUAAUGGAGCCUAUGGGUAAGCGCCAAACAGGCAAGUGGUUAACCACACUGAUCACUGAAAACAUGGACUCCCAAUUAGAUUUUAAAUCAAUGCGCUCUGUCACCUCAGUUAUAGUCAGUUAAAGGUUAACAUUAAAAGGCGAACUGUAGACUUCUGUCAAGGUUAGUAAACAUUUAGAGAAGUAUUGAAAAUUAACUACAAUUCCACUUUCAUGGAUUGAACUAUCCCUGUAGUCAUGGAUUAUCAAUGUGGAGGUAUUUUAUGACAUGGCUCCUGUCCUGUGGUGGUUGGCAGGGCUGUAUACCUGGUCCGACACAGAGACACUCGGCAGCGUUUCGCCAUGAAGAAGAUCAACAGGCAAAACCUGGUCCUGAGGAACCAGAUCCAGCAGGUGUUUGUGGAGCGGGACAUCCUGACCUUCGCUGAGAACCCCUUUGUGGUCUCCAUGUUCUGCUCCUUCGAGACACGACGCCACCUGUGCAUGGUGAUGGAGUAUGUGGAAGGUAAUGUCAUAUGAUUUUCUACCCCAAAAGCGAUAAGUUUAUCAUGACUCUGUUGUUUGUCAUGUUGGAAUGGAAAUAUACUGAACAAAAAUACUGAGUUACAGUUCAUAAAAGGAAAUCAGUCAAUUGAAAUAAAUUCAUUAGGCCCUAAUCUAUGGAUUUCACAUGACUGGGUAGGGGUGCAGCCAUGGGUGGGCCUGGGAGGGCAUAGGCCCACCCACUUUGGAGCCAGGCCCAGCCAAUCAGAAUUAGUUUUUCCCCACAAAGGCGUUUUAUUGCAGACAUAAAUACUCCUUAGUUUUAUCAGCUGUCUGGGUGACUGGUCUCAGAUGAUCCCGCAGGUGAAGAAGCCGGAUGUGGAGGUCCUGGGCUGGCGUGGUUACAAGUGGUCUGCGGUUGUGAGGCCGGUUGGACGUACUGCCAAAUUCUCUAAAACGAUGUUGCAGGCAGCUGAUGGUAGAGAAAUGAACAUUCAAUUCUCUGGCAACAGCUCUGGUGGACAUUCCUACAGUCUGUGAUGUCUGUGGCAUUGUGUUGUGUGAGAAAACUGCACAUUUUAGAGUGGCCAUUAUAUUAUAAGGUGCACCUGUCUAAUGAUCAUGCUGUUUAAUCAGAUUCUUGAUAUGCCACACCUGUCAAAUGGAUCGAUUAUCUUGGCAAAGUAGAAAUGCUCACUAACAGGGAUGUAAACAAAUUUGUGCACCAAAUUUGAGAGAAAUAAGCUUUUCUGUCUGUAUUCAAAGUUUCUGGGAUUUUUUAUUUCAGCUCAUGAAACAUGGGACCAACACUUUACAUGUUGCGUUCAUAUUAUUGUUCAGUAUAGUUGGAAAGGCGAAUUUGUUCCACUCAUGAUUUCUCCUAGCUUUAGCAUAACUGUUGAUUAUCUCUUGCAGGUGGGGACUGUGCUAACCUGCUGAAGAACAUGGGCCCCCUUCCUGUGGACAUGACCCGGAUGUACUUUGCUGAGACUGUGCUGGCCUUGGAGUACCUUCACAACUACGGCAUCGUUCAUAGAGACCUAAAACCUGACAAGUGAGUCCAGAACAGGCUUUAAACGUCUUUACAUACAGUGCCUUCAGAAAGUAUUCAUACUCCACAUUGUGUUGUGUUACAGCCUGAGUUCAAAAUGGAUUCAGUAGAUUUGUUUCUCUCACCCAUCUACACACAAUACCCCAUAAGGACAAAGUGAAAACAUAUUUUUUAAUUUUUGCACAUUUAUUGAAAAUUAAAUACAGAAAUAUCUAAUUUACAUAAGUAUUCACACCCCUGAGUCAAUACAUGUUAGUAUCACCUUUGGCAGCGAUUACAGCUGUGAGUCUUUCUGGGAAAGUCUCUAAGAGCUUUGCACACCUGGAUUGUAUAAUAUUUGCACAUUAUUCUUUUUUAAAUUCUUCAAGCUCUUUUCAAGUUGGUUGUUGAUCAUUGCUAGACAGCCAUUUUCAACUCUUGCCAUAGAUUUUCAAGACGAUUUAAGUCAAAACUGUAACUAGGCCACUCAGGAACAUUCAAUGUUAUCUUGGUAAGCAACUCCAGUAUAUAUUUGGCAAUGUGUUUUAGGUUAUUGUCCUGCUGAAAGGUGAAUUUGUCUCCCAGUGUCUGUUGGAAAGCAGACUGAACCAGGUUUUUCUCUAGGAUUUUGCCUGUGCUUAGCUCUAUUCCGUUUUUUUUUUUUUUAAACAAAAAAACUCCCUAGUCUUUGCCGAUGACAAGCAUACACAUAACAUGGUGUAGCCACCACCAUGCUUGAAAAUAUGUAGAGUGGAACUGAAUUUGCCCCAAACAUAACGCUUGGUAUUCAGGCCACAUUUUUUUCCGGUUUUACUUAAGUGCCUUAUUGCAAACAGGAUGCAUGUUUUGGAAUAUUUUUAUUCUGUACAGGCUUCCUUCUUUUCACUCUGUCAUUUAGGUUAGUAUUGUGGAGCAUUUACAAUGUUGUUUAUCCAUCUUUAGUUUUCUUCUAUCACAGCCAUUAAACUCUGUAACUGUUUUAAAGUCACCGUUGGCCUCAUGGUGAAAUCCCUGAGCGGUUUCCUUCCUCUCCGGCAACUUAGGUAUUAGGAAGGACACCUGUAUCUUUGUAGAGACUGGGUGUAUUGAUACACCAUUCAAAGUGUCAUUAAUAACUUCACCAUGUUUAAAGGGAUAUUCAAUGUCUGCUUUUUUUAAAACCAAUCUACCAAUAGGUGCCCUUCUUUGCGAGGCAUUGGAAAAACUCCCUGGUCUUUGUGGUUGAAUCUGUGUUUGAAAUUCACUGUUCGACUCCGGGACCUUACAGAUAAUUGUAUGUGUGGGGUACAGAGAUGAGGUAGUCAUUCAAAAAUCAUGCUAAACAUUGUUAUUGCACACAGAGUGAAUCCAUGCAAAUUAUUAUGUGACUUGUUAAGCACAUUUUUACUCCUGAACUUAUUUAGGCUUGCCAUAACAAAGGGGUUGAAUACUUAUUUACUCAAGACAUUACAGCUUUGAAAAAAAAAAUGUAGACAUUUCUAAAAACAUAAUUCCACUUUGACAUUAUGGGGUAUUGUGUGCAGGCCAGUGACUCAAAAUCUCAAUGUAAUCCAUUUUAAAUUCAGGCUGUAACACAACAAAAUGUGGAGAAAGUCAAGGGGUGUGAAUACUUUCUGAAGGCACUGUACCUUAAGUCGAAGAGAAUUUAGCUUGAACAUUUUUCUCCAUCCUACCUGCAGCUUGUUGAUCACUUCUAUGGGCCACAUCAAAUUGACUGACUUUGGCCUGUCCAGAAUUGGCCUGAUGAACAUGACCACUAACCUUUACGAGGGUCACAUGGAGAAAGACACCAGGGAGUUCAUCGACAAACAGGUGAGUCGGUGCUUUUCAACCGCUUAACCCUUUUUAUGUCCUUUCACUAUAAAUACAUUCAGCUCCAUAAUAAGGCAUAGGAAAACAAUAUACCGAAAUGCAAGGCACGUUUCUUGAACACAUACAUACACAUGCACACACUCACACCAGGGUCAAAUGCAUAGGUCAAAUACUUUCAAAUACUCAACCCAGUAUAGGUGUACCAUCUCAUAACUACUGUGUAACUAAACUCCAAUGUGUUAAAAAAAUCUGAAUGCAAAUGUUACGGUAUAACUGAAUAUUAUUGGUGUGGUUUUCUAGGUGUGUGGCACCCCAGAGUACAUAGCCCCAGAGGUGAUACUGAGACAGGGCUAUGGGAAGCCAGUAGACUGGUGGGCCAUGGGAGUCAUCCUGUAUGAGUUCCUGGUUGGAUGUGUGCCCUUCUUUGGGGACACACCCGAGGAACUCUUUGGGCAGGUUGUCAGUGGUAAGUAUCCAUUGAUGGAAUAUGUACACUAUAUAGGCUUUCUUUAAUUGUGUUCAAUGUGGAGAUCCUCUCAUUAACGUGUGCUUGCUCGAUGUACAGAUGACAUCAUCUGGCCCGGUGGGGAUGAGGCUUUACCUGCAGACGCCCAGGACAUGAUCACACGGCUGCUGAGGCAGGGCCCUCUAGAGCGCCUGGGGACAGGUUCGUAGACCACACAACUACGUUCCAAUGUCCAUUCUAUUAUCCCACUUAGAAUGCUAUUGCUAGAGCCCUAUUGCUAGUCUAGAUAUUGGAACCGAGCCCUCGUCUUCAUUUCCCAACAUCCUAGUCUGACGUUUUGCUGUUGGCUAUUGUUCUGAGGUUUGCACACAUGACCGUAAUCGAAAAAAUAUAUAUUGUUCUAGGAGGAGCAUCUGAGGUCAAACAACACCCCUUUUUCUUGCGUCUGGACUGGAACGGACUACUCCGACUGAAAGCAGAAUUCAUCCCUCAACUGGAAGCGGAGGACGACACCAGCUACUUUGACAGUAUGGGCAGUCCUUCACAAGUGGUCUUAUUAAGACAAAGAUCCAUUUCCUUCUAUUGCCAGUAUAUCUCUGCAGAUGUAGUGAUAUUUGCUCUUCAUGUCUGUCUAAUGCUGAUUGAUAUUUUCAUUAGUCAAUUAUGUUUAAUGAAAAUUAUAUGUUUUCCUGAAAUACACUAAAUAUCCUGGUUGGAUUUUAUGGUACGGUCCCUGUUCCUGAGUUCCACGCAUUUUGCGUUUUCAUGUUUUCAGCUCGCUCAGAGCGUUACCACCAUUUGGCCUCAGAUGAGGAUGACGAAACCAACGAUGAAGAGUCUUCCCUGGAAAUCCGUCAGUUUUCCUCCUGGUCAAACCGCUUCAGCAAGGUUCGGAACAUACCUUUUCAAAUAUUAGUAAUUUUGUCACAGAACAGAUAAAGAAAUGUCAAUAAUAUUAGUAGUUUGUUGAGCAAUUCUUUAUAAAAACAAUAUAAUGGAAAACUCCUUAAAUCUCUGAGAGAGAAAAAACUGUUUUGUUAGAGCCAAGUUCACCAAACUUGGCCACCCUAGCUAAUGUGGCUACUCCAUGCUUUCAGGUGUACAGCAGCACAGAACAUCUGGCCACACCGUCCAACCUGAGCUUCUCAUCAGACCGCAGCCACAGUGAGGACAAGGAGGGCUGGGAUGGGCGUUUCACACCCUUCCCGGGAGGAGACAUCCAGAGACAGGAACGCCAGCACCAAGAUCGCAGGGGCAGGUGAGCAGAGCCAGGACGAGUUUGUAGCUCUCUGUUUCUGUUAGGAUUCCCUGUGUAGGAAUUAAAAUACGUCCUUAUCGGAAGCACUGCUGAACAGUUGGUGAAAGUGCAUCAAAUUAUGAUUAAUUCCGAAAAGUUAAGAAAUGUUGCUGAAUAGAGUGUGUGCAUCCAAUGGGUACACACGGCAUAAAUGACUAUUCUAGCUGUAGAUAGUAUGUGUCACCAUUGCCCCUUCUCCUCCUAACUGACACUGCCGUUGAUGUGAUGCAGCCUGCGCCCUCGGGCCUCGUCCAAUUCCUUCCAUUGUGAGAGGGGCACCAGCCCCCUGGUGAUGAGCAGCACCCACAGUCUGGAGACCAUGCCCCGCUUCGCCUUCUCCACAGACGACGAAGGUGAGCUCAGUCCCAAGCCCCUCCACUCUUGUUCAAGUUUGCACAGCCUCAUGGAAACCAACAAAAAUUGAAUUAUUGCCCAUGAUGUGACAUAAGAUAUUUAAUUUCUUAUGAAACAUUACUCAUAAAAACAAACAGAUUUGUGUGAUAUUGCUUUUUGUUGAUCGGAGGAUUCAGGACUAAGUCGGGUGCAGACUAAUCAAAUGGCAAACAGUCAAAACAAAAGCAAUCUAUGCACAAACACAGAGUUUCUCUUGUGUUGAGAGUGAGCUUCCAUCCAGACAAAAUUAUUUGCAAAGAUACUUCAAACAUUGCCGAUUUUGGUCACCAUUGGAUUUAUACCCUUAUUCCUGUGUAUUACAGCUGAGGUGGUCGUGUCAAACCUUCAUCGGAUCCGUAUUCGUAGCAACAGCACCGGGGCGAAACACUCUUCCCCCAGGAACCACAGGGCCCCCCAACGCUUUGGGAACCAGCUGGAGACACCAGAUAGACAGACACCAGAUAGACAGACACCAGACAGACCGACACCAGACCGACAGAGGCUUGGGGGCAAAGUCGUCAAGUCUGCCUCCAUCUCCGCCCUGUCUCUCAUCAUCACUGCAGGUCUGUGUUGGGGGUAAUGCGUUACAAAAGUAAAUCGUUACGUAAUCGGAUUACUUUUAUGAGUAACGGAGUAAAGUAAUGGGUUACUUUUUCAAAUUGGGUAAUAUUAUUACAGUUACUUUGUCAAACAACACGUGCGUUACUUUCAGAAUCAUAUCUCUACCGGGCACGUGUUUCCAUGAUCUGAUCUCGACUUGUUUCCUCAUUUAGUUCUCGAGCAAGCGGAGGAAGGCAACAAGCUCUCACAGUCUCACUGUAAAAUUAGAUGUUUAUCCACGUUUCUCCAAACAUCAAAUUUCUAAAUUCCUCCAAACGUCAAAUUUCAGUGUUUCUGACACACUGUGUUGACUCCUGCUGUGCUGUAUCGUUCCAUUUCUCCAAACAUCAAAUUUUGAAUUCAAGGGUUAAGUUUAAGCACUCAUUCCAAAUGGUUAAGGUAAGGUUUGGGAUAGCGUUAAAACAAAAAAUGUAAAACCAGUGUCCACGACUGGGAUCGAACAUGCAAACUUCUGAUCCAGAGUCAUGGGAUAACACUUAUCCACCACCUCUGUCCACAACACCCUAGCAAAACCCAAGCCUACUUGGUGGUAAUAGCGCUCACUGUUGCCCAUAGUGGCCAGUUUUGAAGGCAUUUCCCGACAUCCUCAGGACAUGGAUAGACGUCCAAUUUCGACGUCAAUCUUGAACCAUCUCCCUGGUUUGGAGAAAUGUAAUGAUGAGUUGAUGUCCAUAGAAAUGUAUAGAGGGUGCACCUCUGAUCUUUGCCAUUGAUCACUUCUGUGAAAACAGAUUCCCGAGAUUCCUGAGUGGCGCAGUGGUCUAAGGCACUGCAUCGCAGUGCUAGCUGUGCCACUAGAGAUCCUGGUUCGAAUCCAGGCUCUGUCGUAGCCGGCCGCGACCGGGAGACCCAUGGGGCGGCGCACAAUUGGCCCAGCGUCGUCCAAGGUAGGGGAGGGAAUGGCCGGCAGGGAUGUAGGAUCAGUUGGUAGAGCAUGGUGUUUGCAACGCCAGGGUUGUGGGUUCGUUUCCCACGGGGGGCCAGUAUGAAAAAAAUAAAAAUAAAGAAUGUAUGCACUCACUAACUGUAAGUCGCUCUGGAUAAGAGCGUCUGCUAAAUGACUAAAAUGCAAAAAGAAAUGCAAAUACAAAGGCCAUAGACGGCUUUCCUGUGUAGUGGCAAGUGUGCCCUCUAUACAUUUCUAUGGGUCUGUGUACGUGUGCUCUAUAACCAGAACAGGCAGCUAGAGAGAGAGAUUUUGAAUGAAAAGAUAGGAAAUCUGUACAGAUGGUUGGCUUACAGUAUAUAUGGUGUGUAUACUAGCACAGGAAAGCAGCACCACAGAUAAAAGGACAAACUAGUGAUAAGACCUGAGUUAGUAAAUAGCCUAUCUCUUUUAGAGUGCACACGGCCUUGUUCCCUCCUAUAGAAUGUGUGGUUUUUUUCAUGAAAGUAACGCAAAGUAAUAUAACUAGUAGUAUAACACAAUACUUUCCUCACAAACUAAUAUUGUACAGUAAUCUGUAGACAUUGGAGUGUUGGAGUUAAGAUCAGAAUGGAUGGUGGAUUGACCACUGUGGGUGAAAAUCCAGCACUUGAAGAAAGAGGAAAUUAGGAAUACAUGUAGCUACAGGUACCGUAGGUGUGAGCAAAAUAUCUGUAAGUAGCAGUAUAAGUAUUGUUGUCUGUUAGUUUACUCCAUUUAGGGUAGGGAUGGUAGAAGGGUAGGGGGGAAAAAAGUAUAGAUAAAAAAAUUAUUACAAUAAAAAUAUAUACACAGUACCAGUCAAAGGUUUGGACACCUACGUAUUCAAGUUUUUUUGGGGGACUAUUUUUUACAUUGUAGAAUAAUAGUGAAGACAUCAAAACUAUGAAAUAACACAUAUGGAAUCAUGUAGUAACCAAAAAAGUGUUAAACAAAUCAAAAUAUAUUUUAUAUUUGAGAUUCUUCAAAUAGCCACCCUUUGCCUUUAUGACAGCUUUGCAAACUCUUGGCAUUCUCUCAACCAGCUUCACCUGGAAUGCUUUUCCAAAAGUCUUGAAGGAGUUCCCACAUAGGCUGAGCACUUGUUGGCUGCUUUUCCUUCACUCUGCGGUCCGACUCAUCCCAAACCAUCUCAAUUGGGUUGAGGUCGGGGGAUUGUGGAGGCCAGGUCAUCUGAUGUGGCACUCCAUCACUCUCCUUCUUGGUAAAAUAGCCCUUACACAGCCUGGAGGUGUGUUGGGUCAUUGUCCUGUUGAAAAACAAAUGAUAGUCCCACUAAGCCCAAACCAGAUGGGAUGGCGUAUCACUGCAGAAUGCUGUGGUAGACAUGGUGGUUAAGUGUGCCUUGAAUUCUAAAUAAAUCACAGACAGUGUCACCAGCAAAGCACCCCCACACCAUAACACCUCCUCCAUGCUUUACGGUGGGAACUACACAUGCGGAGAUCAUCUGUUCACCCACACUGCGUCUCACAAAGACACAGUGGUUGGAACCAAAAAUCUCCCAUUUUACUCCAGACCAAAGGACACAUUUCCACCGGUCUAAUGUCCAUUGCCUGUGUUUCUUGGCCCAAGCAGGUCUCUUCUUCUUAUUGGUGUCCUUUAGUAGUGGUUUCUUUGCAACAAUUCGACCAUGAAUGCCUGAAUCACACAGUCCCCUCUGAACAGUUGAUGUUGAGAUGUGUCUGUUUCUUGAACUCUGUGAAGCAUUUAUUUGGGCUGCAAUUUCUGAGGCUGGUAACUCUAAUUAACUUAUUCUCUGCAGCAGAGGUAACUCUGGGUCUUCCAUUCCUGUGGCGGUCCUCAUGAGAGCCAGUUUCAUCAUAGCGCUUGAUGGUUUUUGCGACUGCACUUGAAGAAACGUUAAACGUUCCGUAUUGUCUGACCUUCAUGUCUUAAAGUAAUGAUGGACUGUCGUUUCUCUUUGCUUAUUUGAGCUGUUCUUGCCAUAAUAUAGACUUGGUCUUUUACCAAAUAGGGCUAUCUUCUGUAUAGCCCCCCUACCUUGUCACAACACAACUGAUUGGCUCAAACGCAUUAAGACAGAAAUAAAUUCCACAUGUUAACUUUUAAGAAGGCACACCUGUUAAUUGAAAUGCAUUCCAGGUGACUACCUCAUGAAGCUUGUUGAGAGAAUGCCAAGAGUGUACAAAGCUGUCAUCAAGGCAAAGGGUGGCUAUUUGGUUACUACAUGAUUCCAUAUGUGCUAUUUCAUAGUUUUGAUGUCUUCACUAUUAUUCUACAAUGUAGAAAAUAGUAAAACUAAAGAAAACCCCUUGAAUGAGUAGGUGUGUCAACUGUUGACUGGUGGUGUAUAUAUUGUAAAGUAAUGUGUUACUUUUGUUAAAUGUAAUGAAUACAAUUUUUUAUAAGUAACUAAUCCCAACACUGCUGCAGGUUAAUACCAAUGUCAUCGGAGCUUCCUCUGGGCUCCGCGGUAACGGUUUAGAAGGGAAAUACACUACAUGGACACCUGCUCGUCGAACAUCUCAUUCCAAAAUCAUGGGCAUUAAAGUAGAGUUGAUCCCCCCCUUUGCUGCUAUAACAGCCUCCACUCUUCUGGGAAGGCUUUCCACUAGAUGUUGGAACAUUGCUGCGGGGACUUUCUUUCAUUCAGCCACGAGCAUUAGUGAGGUCAGGCACUGAUGUUGGGCGAUUAGACCUGGCUUGCAGUCUGCGUUCCAAUUCAUCCCAAAGGUGUUCGAUGGAGUUGAGGUCAGGGCUCUGUGCAGGCCAGUCAAGUUCUUCCACAUCGAUCUCGACAAACCAUUUCUGUAUGGACCUCGCUUUGUGCACGGGGGCAUUGUCAUGCUGAAACAGGAAAGGGCCUUCCCCAAACUGUUGCCACAAAGUUGGAAGCACAGAAUCUUCUAGAAUGUCAUUGUAUGCUGUAGCGUUAAUAUUUCCCUUCACUGGAACUAAGGGGGCAUGAAAAACAGCCCCAGACCAUUAUUCCUCCUCCACCCAACUUUACAGCUGGCACUAUGCAUUGGGGCAGGUAGAGUUCUCCUGGCAUACGUCUAACCCAGAUUCGCCCGUCGGAUUGCCAGAUGGUGAAGCGUGAUUCAUCACUCCAGAGAAUGCGUUUCCACUGCUCCACAGUACAAUGGCAGCGAGCUUUACACCAUUCCAGCCGACGCUUGGCAUUACGCAUGGUGAUAUUAGGCUUGUGUGUGGCUGCUCGACCAUGGAAACCCAUUUCAUGAAGCUCCCAACAAACAGUUAUUGCACUGGCGUUGCUUCCAGAGACAGUUUGGAACUCGAUAGUGAGUGUUGCAACCGAGGACAGACGAUUUUUAUGCGCUACGUGCUUCAGCACUUGGUGGUCCCGUUCUGUGAGCUUGUGUGGCCUACCACUUCACGGCUGAGCCGUUGUUGCUCCUAGGCGUUUCCACUUCACAAUAACAGCACUUAUAGUUGACAUGGGCAGCUCUAGCAGGGCAGAAAUGUGACUUACUGACUUGUUGGAAAGGUGGCAUCCUAUGACGGUGCCAUUUUGAAAGUCAUUGAGUUCUUCAGUAAGGCCAGUCUACUGCCAAUGUUUGUCUAUGGAGAUUGCAUGGCUGGGUGCUCGAUUUUAUACAGCUGUCAGCAACGGGUGUGGCUGAAAUAGCCGAAUCCACUAAUUUGAAGAUGCUUUUGUAUAUGUAGUGUAAGUUAGUCAUACUGGGUUGCUAGUGCCCAGCAGGCAAAUAUCGCUGAAUAGGGUGUGGUAUGGCAGGUAUGUUUGCACAGAGCUAAUGCUAAACAAGAGCAGUCUCUUGUUUUAAAUUCAACCAUUGCACCAUGCUUUUUCUCGUUUCCUGAACUUGAACUCAUCCUUUGUGUACCAUUCCAGAUGACAUGCCCGGCGGCCUACAGCCCAGCCCCAUCUCUUCGCGCUCGCUCUCGUCCAAUCAUUCGUCCCGCGACUCGUCCCCCAGCCGUGACCUGUCGCUUAGCCUCAGAAGCCUGCGGCCACCCAUCGUCAUCCACAGCUCAGGGAAGAAGUACGGCUUCACCAUGCAGGCCAUCCGCGUCUACAUGGGCGACAGCGACGUCUACACUGUGCACCACAUGGUCUCGGUGAGUGCCCUUUGGUAUCCUGCUCCCGAAUUAGCCAAUAGUUACAUAAUAAAAGGCGGCAUCAUCCCACACAGACUUUUGAGUAAUUGUGAUAAUAAUAAACCACUUUUGUUUUAGAGUGUUGAAGAUGACAGCCCAGCCCACGAGGCAGGACUGAGGGCCGGUGACCUCAUCACUCACGUGAAUGGAGAGUCAGUGCAGGGCCUGGUCCACACAGAGAUGAUGGAGCUGCUUCUGAAGGUACAGAAACAAUACACACCCUCAAACCAAUACCUAUUGUCAACCUAUACCAACACUGUUGAGAGAUAUUAUAAGAACUUUAAUCAAUACCAAUGAAACUCCAACAGAGUGGUGGCAAGGUGGCCCUUCAGACUACAGCAUUGGAGAACACGUCUAUUAAGGUUGGGCCGGCUCGAAAGACCAGCCACAAGGGAAAGAUGGCAAGACGCAGCAAGAAAAGCAAGAGAAGAGACAAUCAGGACAGGUGAGGGAAAACGUUUUGUGCUAAUUCAAUUUAAUGGAAUAUUGCUGCCGUAUUGCCAUUGUUAUGAUAUAUUCACAUCAAUUUUAUAUAAAUACAUCCAGCAAGAGUCGUACUUCAAAAGUCACUAUUCCAAAUCAAAUUGUAUUUGUCACAUGCUUCGUAAGCAACAGGUGUAGACUAACAGAAACAUGCUUCCUUACGGGCCCUUCCCAACAAUGCAAAGAGAAAGAAAACAGAGCAAUAAUAGAAAAGUAAAACGCGUAACAAUAAAAGUAAUAAUAAAUACAUGAUGAGUAACGAUAACUUGGCUAUAUACAUGAGGUACCAGUACCGAGUCAAUAUGCAUGGGUACAAAGUAAUUUAGCUACAGUUGAAGUCGGAAGUUUACAUACACCUUAGCCAAAUACAUUUAAACUCAGUUUCACAAUUCCUGACAUUUAAUCCUAGUAAAAAUUGUUUAACUUGGGUCAAACGUGUCGGGUAGCCUUCCACAAGCUUCCCACAAUAAGUUGGGUGAAUUUUGGCCCAUUCCUCCUGACAGAGCUGGUGUAACUGAGUCAGGUUUGUAGGCCUCCUUGCUCGCACACGCUUCUUCAGUUCUGCCCACAAAUGUUCUAUAGGAUUGAGGUCAGGGCUUUGUGAUGGCCACUCCAAUACCACAACUUUGGAAGUAUGCUUGGGGUCAUUGUCCAUUUGGAAGACCCAUUUGCGACCAAGCUUUAACUUCCUGACUGAUGUCUUGAGAUGUUGCUUCAAUAUAUCCACAUAAUUUUCCUUCCUCACGAUGCCAUCUAUUUUGUGAAGUGCACCAGUCCCUCCUGCAGCAAAGCACCCCCACAGCAUGAUGCUGCCACCCCGUGCUUCAUGGUUGGGAUGGUGUUCUUCGGCUUGGAAGGCACCCCCUUUUUCCUCCAAACAUAACGAUGGUCAUUAUGGCCAAACAGUUAUAUUUUUGUUUCAUCAGACCAGAGGACAUUUCUCCAAAAAGUAGGAUCUUUGUCCCCAUGUGCAGUUGCAAACCGUAGUCUGGAUUUUUUAUGGCGGUUUUGGAGCAGUGGCUUCUUCCUUGCUGAGCGGCCUUUCAGGUUAUGUCGAUAUAGGACUCGUUUUACUGUGGAUAUAGAUACUUUUGUACCUGUUUCCUCCAGCAUCUUCACAAGGUCCUUUGCUGUUGUUCUGGGAUUGAUUUGCACUUUUUGCACCUAAGUACGUUCAUCUCUAGGAGACAGAAAGCGUCUCCUUCCUGAGCGGUAUAACGGCUGUGUGGUCCCAUGGUGUUUAUACUUGCGUACUAUUGUUUGUACAGAUGAACGUGGUACCUUCAGGCGUUUGGAAAUUGCUCCCAAGGAUGAACCAGACUUGUGGAGGUCUACAAUAUUUUUGGCUGAUUUCUUUUGAUUUCUUUUGAUGUAUUUGGCUAAGGUGUAUGUAAACUUCCGACUUCAACUGUAUUUGGCUAAGGUGUAUGUAAACUUCCGACUUCAACUGUAUGUACAUUUAACUAGGAAUAAAGUGAUAGAUAAUAAACAGUAGCAGCAGCGUAUGUGACGAGUCUAAAAAGUUCAUGCAAAUAGGGUCAAUGCAGAUAGUCUGAGUAGCUAUUUGGUUAACUAUUUAACUAACUAUUUAGCAAUCUUAUGGCUUAGGGGUAGAAGCUGUUCGGGGUCCUGUUGGUUCCAGACAUCAGUACCGCUUGCUGUGCGGUAGCAGAGAGAACUUUCUAUGAAUUGAGUGGCUGGAGUCUUUAUUGGGCCUUCCUCUGACAAUGCCUGGUAUAGAGGUCCUGGAUGGCAGGAAGCUCGGCCCCAGUGAUGUACUGGGCCAUACGCACUACCCUCGGUAGCGCCCUGCGGUCGGGUGCCAAGCAGUUGCCAUACCAAGCGGUGAUGCAGCCAGUCAAGAUCCUCUCAAUGGUGCAGCUGUAUAACGUUUUGAGGAUCUUAGGGCCCAUGCCAAAUCUUUUCAGCCUCCUGAGGGGGAGGAGGCAUGUGUUGGUGUGUGUGAACCAUGAUAGAUCCUUAGUGAUGUGGACACCAAGAAACUUGAUGCCCGUUGAUGUGAAUUUCUCCCCAGUGUUCAAUCGAGAUCACUAAACACUACUGCAUGGAUGACAACAAACUUCAUACCUCACCAGUAUUGCCUUUUUUCAAAAUGGAGUUAUAAAUCUAAGCCUUGACUAAGUUAAGAAACAUAAGUUACAGAGUAUCCUUUCUAAUUUGUAUUACUCUACUGUCAUCAUCGUGAAACAAGUUGACCUAACCCUGAUAGAUAUUAUCAUGCAACCAGUUCAAUUAGAAAACAAAAUUAUACUCAAUUCGUUUUUUUUUGUUGCAGCAUACAGAAAAAUAAUCUCAGGCUGUGAAUCACAUACUAUACUAAUAAUGUUAUGGCUCUAUUUACCCUUCAAAACCCUUCGCAACUCCUUCAUAGCCCUUCAUAACUCUUUGUAACCACUGACUGACCUAGGCGGCGGAGCAUCCUGAAGAAGCUGUCCAAGCAGAGCACGGUGAUUCACAGCAGCCGCAGCUUCAACUCUGGACUGCAGCACCACUCUGUGUCGUCCAGCGAGAGCCUGCCAGGCUCCCCCACACACAGCAUGUCACCUGGCCCCUCCACCCCCUGCCGCAGUCCUGCCCCCGACCACCAGGCUGCAGGUAAGACAAGGCCCACACUCCUGCAGCACUGUUGCUACUAGCACUGUAACUGUGACUAUGACUACUAGCCAACUACUGUCACUAUUACUACUACUACUAUGGCUACAGUCACUACUGUAUUACUAGGCUACUACUAAAACUACUACUGUAGUCCCCUGUAGCUCAGUUGGUAGAGCAUGGCGCUUGCAACGCCAGGGUUGUGGGUUCGUUUCCCACGGGGGGCCAGUAUGAAAAUGUAUGCACUCACUAACUGUAAGUCGCUCUGGAUAAGAGCGUCUGCUAAAAUAAAAUAAAUAAAAAUAAAUACUGUUACUACUAACCUUUUAUCUCCCCAUUUUGCUUGCCAUAUAUCUUUGUCCAAAUGUCUUAGUCCAUGACAAUGCAAUAGCCCAUUUGAGGUAGACUAUAAACUUACUCUGUAUUGACCUCUCCCUCAGACACCAACUCUCCACAGAGCACUUCUCCCUGCUCCAGCUCUCCCAGCUCCCCGGCUGCACACAUCCGGCCCAGCUCCCUGCAUGGCCUGGGCUCCAAGCUUAGUAUCCAGCGCUACACCAAGGUGGGCCGCCGCAAGUCCACCAGCAGCAUCCCCCCGUCCCCCCUGGCCUGCAACUCCUCCCCCCAGCCUCUGUCACCCCAGCGCUCCCCCUCUCCCCUCCCUGGCAUCACGAAGACCUUCCACACAGUCCAUGGCAAGACUUUGUCCCCCCCCACCAUUGUCCGCCAUUGUGUGCGCCCCCGCAGCGCAGAGCCGCCCCGCUCCCCCCUCCUCAAGAGGGUGCAGUCGGCUGAGAGGCUCUCCAGCGCCUACCAUGUUGACAAGAAGUCGUACCCCCACCGCAGGCACACGUUGGAGGUGCCUUUCCAGGGCGAGGGCGAGGACGUGGAGGUGGAGGGGGUCUGCGGCGGAGGGAUCUCCUACCUCGGGGACCACGGGAGGCUGCUGGGGGGGUACGGGGGAUGCCAGAGGCUGAGGGACUGGGCAGCGGAGCGCUCAGAGCAAUUGGUGGUGAUGAGGAAGCUCAACCUUUCGGAGCGCCGUGACUCCUUCAAGAAGCAGGAGGCGGUGCAGGAGGUGAGCUUUGACGAGCCUGACGACCAGAAGACCAGCCCCACGUUCACCGUGAUGCUCACUGCCCCUGGAGCCAACCGGCUCCAACAGCGGGCAGCCUCCUGGACACCCAUGUCCCAACCCAGCGAGGAGGUGACUGAGGUGAAACGCUUCACCCUGGUGCCUCAGAUUGCUGUGCAGGGCUCGACGGAGAGUGAGGAGCAGGACGACUGGGAGCCGUGCUCAGACGGAGAGGAGGAAGACGACGAGAGACAGGAGCCCGACUCUACCGAUAACAACAUUGGCACCCAGCAGCUGGUUAAGGAUGUCUCUCUCAUGGUGAACGUCUCCAGUAAGGCACCAGAAGCGACAGCUGCUUUGCACAAAGACAGGCCUGCCUCGGAUAAGGUUGGGGAUACCGCAGUAGACUCUAACCCCCAGAAAGGGAAGCUAAGGAAGUGA